UGGUUCCAUUCCAAAGCGGUUCUAUUUUGUGCCUUGGCCUUCCCGAUAAAAUUGCAUCACAUCAAUGGUUGGCGAUGCAGCAGCUGUAGUGGAGUGUAAUGAGCAGGACAAGGACAGAACCUCGCUGCCCAUUAUUCCCAUUCCGAACAAAAUGAAUGAAGGUGAUAGGGAUCGAUUGCUAAAGUACCUCGAUCCCGAAUUCUUUGAAGCCAAACCCGAUGCCAAAACGAAAUCGACUUAUCAACUUGAGAUGGAGGUCAAGGAAAAGCUGGAUCUCGACGAAUUAGAAGAACCUGAAGAAAUGGUCGAUGAUCAAGCUGCCGUCAAACAAUACCUGCAACCGAAAGAGUAUCAGUACGAGUUGUUCAAGAAGGCCCAGAACGAGAAUAUCAUUGCCGUACUCGAUACUGGCAGUGGUAAAACGCUGAUUGCUGUUAUGCUCAUUCAACACAUGGCGAGAUUGGAGCGGGAUCAACGUCUCGUGAGACGCAAGGCCAAAAUGACUUUUUUUCUUGUCGAUCGUGUGCCUCUUGUGUUCCAGCAAGCGAGUGUGAUUAGUGCCAACUGCGAUGUCGUGGUAAAGCAUGUCUGUGGACAAAUGGAUGUGGAUAGUUGGACAGAAAAGACCUGGCGUCUUUUGUUUGAGGAAAGCGACGUUUUUGUCAUGACGGCCCAGAUCUUUUUGGAUACCCUUCGACACGGUUUUGUCAGCCUGGAUGAAGUCAAUCUCAUUAUUUUUGACGAAUGUCAUCACGCUACGCGACGCCAUCCUUACAAUUUGAUCAUGCGUGAAUUUUACGACUGUUGUCCCGUCGAGGGCCGACCCAAAAUCUUUGGCAUGACCGCUUCGCCCAUGCAUUCAAAGACCGACGUACAAUACAGUGCAACUCACCUCGAGCAUAACCUAGACUGCCGUAUUUAUACCGCGACCAAUUUGGAGAGCCUGAAUAGUCUAGUACAAAAACCCAAAGAGAUCGUCAUUGCAUAUCAUCCGUCACCUGGUUAUGAUUUGACGCCCACGCUUCGGACGCUUUACGAGAAAUUAAAAUCCGAGGAGCUGUACAAUCGAUGUUUUGUGAUUGCCGGCAGUUCCUUGGACCAUCUGGGGCCCUGGUGUACCGAACGUCUGUGGCGAGACAUGCUGCAAUCGAUUCGAAAAAAGUUUACCAACGAAGGCAAGAAACGCACGCUGGAAACCGAGAAUCUGUUGAACGCGGCCUAUGAUAUCAGCUUAAAGGGUGCUCCUGACAAUCCGAAUCUAUCGGAUUUCAACUUGUUCAGCCCCAAGGUCAUCAAGCUUAUGAAAGUGCUUUCCAUUUAUACCCGCAUGGAGGAUUUCCGUGGCAUUGUUUUUGUUGAACGAAGACACACCGCCAUUGCUUUGUGUGCCUUGAUCCAAGCUUCCGAAUCGCUCUCAUCUCUCAAAUGCGCGGUGCUGACAGGCCACGGCACCAAAGACGAAGGCGAUUUUCAAAUGAAAUUUCACGAACAAAACAGAAUUAUUCGACAGUUCCGUGAUGGUGAUACCAACUUGCUAAUCGCUACCAAUGUCGCCGAAGAAGGUCUUGAUAUCCAGCCCUGUAAUGUUGUGAUUCGUUUUGACUUUUUCACUACCCUGAUCAACUAUAUCCAAUCGCGAGGUCGUGCGCGUCGCCGUGAUUCCAAGUAUAUCAUUCUGACGGAAUCCAACAAUAUGAGCCAGUUGGGAAUGAUUGACGAAUUCCGGAGAUUGGAGGAAGAUAUGAGAAUCUUUUGUCAGACCUUGCCUGCCGAACGAAACAUGGCCUCCAAGUUUCUGUACGGCAACGAUGAAGGUGACGAAGAAGCCGAUGGCAUGUAUGAUUCAGACGAUUCAGACGAUGAUAUGCUGGAAGAGUGCUACCUGGUGCUGUCGACCGGGGCUAAAAUUACCAAACAGUCCGCGGUGCCUCUCAUUCAUCGUUACUGCGCGUCUUUACCAUCGGAUGCAUUUUGUAUCCCGCAACCGCUUUUCGAAGUGUUUGCCAAUGGCGGCGGCUACUGCUGCACGUUGUAUCUGCCCAACAGUGCGCCUAUACGCGAGGUCACGUCCAAAGUCGCGCGAAGCAAAAUCCAAGCCAAACGAUUGGCGGCUUUAGCGGCUUGCACGCAGCUUCACAGCUACAAAGCGCUUACCGAUCACUUGCUUCCGGCAUUUCAAAAAUCCAACUACCUUGGCGAAAUGGCGCCCCAAGUUGAUGAAAACGGUCUCAUCAUCGGUAGUCGACGUCGACGCAACUACUAUCCAAAAAAUUCCCCCAAAUUCUGGGAAAAGGAAGAAGAGGAAGAAGAGGAAGAAGUCCACGAAACAGAGCAAGGUCAUGUCGAGGGUCACGACCAAGCCCCCAUCGCUGUCCAAGACAAGGAAAACGAACCACCACAACAAAAAGAUACGAUCAGCGAGUCCCCGACUGCCGAGGAUGCCUCCCAGAAAACGGUGGAUAUCAUCACCGAGGCCGUCGAUACCAUGACCGAACCGUUGGUUGCUGAAAAUGCCCAAGACGCAACGGAUGAGGAACAAGAAGAACCAUUCGAGAUUCCGACAUUGUAUUUGUCGACGAUCGAGGUUAGGCUAUCGCACGAAAAACUCAACGGGGUCCACGUUCGACGAAUGGCACUGUUUACAAAGAAACCAUUCCCGAGCCUUCCAGGGAUCGAAUUGUAUGGCCACGGCGAAACUUUCAUGGCCGCCGUGCAUCCUCUCGACUUUACUUUUACGUUGGACGAGGAAAAGAUCCAGCUCUUGGCUCAAUUUUUGCUAACCAUGUGUACGACGGUGACGAACAAGCAAUUCACUUGUCCGUUGGACGAAUUCCCUUACUUUGUUGCGCCACUUGUCUUCAAAUGCCAUGAACCACUGCCGGUGCUUGACUCGGUUGACACAUGCAUGAAUGUGAUCGAUUGGGCGGAAAUGGAACGCGCCACCGCGGCUGCGUUUGUGCCUUUUGAUUUGAGUGCGCCCAAUUGCUUCGAAGACGUGAUUCUCAUUGAUUACGCGGACAAUCAACGACGUUACUAUAUCAAGGAGGUCUGUCACGAUAUGCAUCCGCAUUCGCCUCCUCCCAGCGAUAUGGAGAUCCGUGAGACUGGUUUUGAAAGUUUUGCUGCGUUUUACGAACAAUCGUAUUCGCUGAAACUGACUCAACCCGAGCAACCCAUGGUGCGCGUGAGCCGAGUACGGAAAAUGAUGAAUUACUUGACCAAGCUCCCGCAUCAGGAACCCAAAGAGAAAAAGUCCACUGCGACAUUCGUGAUUCCCGAGUUUUGUAAAACGUUCACCAUGACAGCCAGUGUACUUCAAGCUGCCUUGUUGUUUCCUGCCAUCAUGACCCGCAUCGAUUCGCUUCUCCUGUGUUUUGAAGCGCGAAAUCGUUUCAAGAUUCCCGCCACCGAUACCCUAAUGCUGGAAGCCUACACCGCGCCGUCUGCCAAUAUGAGCAUGGAUUAUGAACGAUUGGAAACCUUGGGAGAUUCCUUGUUGAAAUUCAUUGCGACAAUCCGAUUAUACAUCAACUUUCCGUUUUCCAACGAAGGUGAGCUGCAUUGUCUGCGUAUUCGUGUGAUUUGCAAUCGUGCUCUUUACAGGGCAGCCAAGCGAUUAAAGAUUGCUCGUUAUGUCAGUACGCAAGCGUUCAAUCGUCGGUACUGGCGACCGCACCAUUUUAUUGCCAGUACGGAUACCGAGGAAAGUCUGAAGGAGACGAGACAACACAUGCUGUCGGACAAGACGCUGGCCGAUAUUGUCGAAGCGUCGCUGGGAGCGGCUUAUCUCAGUGAAGGAUUGGACGGUGGUCUGCGGUGUGCGAUUCAAAUGCAGGUGCCUUUUGACGAAAUCACUUGCUGGGAUGAUUUCAUGCCGUAUUAUUUGGUCAACCGUGACAAGGUGCCUGAGCGUGCGGGAGCGAAAGCGCUGAGCGAAUUGGAUGUUCCCCGUCUUGAAGGCAUCUGUGGAUAUCAAUUCAAUCGACCCCUGCUAGCUGUCGAGGCGUUGACCCACGCAAGUUUGCCAAAUUCCAAUUCGACUGUGCCGUGUUAUCAACGUUUGGAGUUCUUGGGCGACGCUAUUCUGGAUUUCUUGGUUAUUCGUUACCUGUUUGAAAAAUACCCGUCGGCGUCUCCUGGUCUGAUUACCGAUCUGAAGGGGUCGUGUGUCAAUAACCGUGUGCUGGGUAUCAUUUGUCUGGAGUGCAAUUUACACCGACACAUUAUCCACUAUUCGAAUGCGUUGAUCCGCGCCAUUCAGGAAACGUACGAAGAGGUGCAACAGAUGAAGGAAGAUGGCACGGCGGUGGGCGAAUACUGGACGGAUAUGAAUAUUCCAAAAGUGUUGUCCGAUGUGGUGGAAAGUAUGAUUGGGGCCAUCUUUGUCGAUGCGGGUUUCAACCUGGCCCCCAUUGAGAAGCUCUUCGACAAGUGGUUUUUAAAUUUCUUUGAUACGCACGUGACGCCGGAAUUGAUUCGUGUGCAUCCUUUCCAAAGACUCACACGGACGUUGCAACAAGCUGGCUGCGAAGGAUUCAUGUUCCGCAACCAUACGAGUACUGGCACGGACGAAAACAGCCAAAAAUGUGUUAUAUUCUUGCACGACAAGCCUUUGGCAUGUGGAUCCUCGGAUAACCUAAAGGAAGCGAGAAAAAAGGCAGCUGAAAAGGCCAAUCUGCGUUUGGAAGAAGAACCCGAUCUGUUCGACCUCUACUGCAACUGUAACGAGGUGCGUGCCCAGCGAGCUGAAGCGCGUUUACGUCAACGUGAGGAAGCUGGCAGCGAUGAUGAAGUAGAAAUCAUUUACAAUACCUAGAGCGUCAUCCAGUCCUUGGUGCCCAAGGAAGGGGUAUCCUACCCAGCUCAUUGUCCCCUUUUGCAUCACUUUAUCAUGAAAAAAAAACCCCUGAUCUUUUCGCCACUCUCCAUAUUCCCUAUCAUCACUCAUAUCACCCUUCAUUCAAGCAUAACGUAUAUCAUUGAAUAAAAAUAAUAUCAAGAGUGUCCUCACUGACCAGAGUACUGUCU